AUGUACGAGGGUUUUCAGGCCCCCGAGAUUGGCCGCAAGCAAGAGUGCUGGAAGUUACUUCAGCUCAGUGAAUGUGUGAGCUUAUCAGAGCGCCCUAAUGAGAGCGGCCCAAAGGACACCCGGGUCUUCAGCAUCGAGACUACUCAGAGGGUAUACCUUAUUGCCAGUGAGGCCUCCGAAGAGCCAAAUUGGGUGAGGGCACUCUGCGGCUUGGCAUUUCCUCAGGUAAGACCUAGACCCAGCAAGCAUGUCAAAAUGGCAGGGGUUAGAACUCCUCCAGAACCUCCACAGUACUCCUCCACCACUGUAAAAACAUCAAAGGGUCAAUUUGCGGUGCGGGUGAGACAGACGGAAGCUUCGACUCGGUGUGGUCUCUCUGGUGUGUACACACUUGUAGCAGAAAGCAAAUGCCUGUUGCUGCGAGACCGUCAGGUGGGCAAUCUCCUAUACAGCUGGCCUUAUCCAUAUCUAAGAAGAUUUGGGAGAGACAAGACUAUGUUUUCAUUUGAAGCUGGUCGUCGUUGUACUUCUGGAGAGGGAAACUUUGAAUUUGAGACAUCCUUUGGAAGUCAGAUCUUCCAGGCCAUUGAAAGUGCUAUUAAAACUGGUCACAAUGAUGCCUCCUCACCAACUGGCCAUGAACAACACCAUGAGGAACUUUCCGCUGUGCCAAGGCAACCUGCCCGCUCUGCUUCUCUGAUUGUAGCUCCUUCACCCCAACCCUUGUGUCCUCAGAACAAGGUGCCCACUAACCCCACCAUUCCAGAGAGCGAGUAUGCUGUUCCUUUUGAUAAAGUGGCUCAAAACCUCUUAGCCACGGGAUUUGGUGGUCUUCUUGGUCCAUCAGCACAGAAGAAACCAAGAAAACCUCAGAAGCCUGAGCAUAUCUAUGACGAACCAGAAGUUCCUGUUAAUCCAGUGUAUGAUGAGCCAGAGGGCAUUAGGGUGGAUGCCUGGAAAAUUCAAGCUACUGAUGCCCAUGAAAUGGGCUAUGAAUAUCCUUAUUUACCAGGAUGGGAUGAUUAUGCAGUGCCCAGAAGUGGAGGAAAAAUGGAAGGUGGAAGAGGCCAGGACGAUGAAGAUGAGUGGGGAACACAGGCAAGAGGGGAAAGGGAAUAUGACAACAUUACAUUACGUGGAGUUCUGGACAGCUAA